AUAAAAUAAGCAGGCGAAUGCAGGGAGCUUAUGCACUCUCCCGCCGAGGUCUUGGGUGAAUCAGCUGCUUCAUCUCGGCAUGCGCAGCAUCUGAAAGACGAGUGAAAGAGUGUUUGCGGGGUACAAGUUCUGCAACUCGGAUAGCUCUGCAAAGGGAGUUGUUCCCGACGUGUCUUUUCUCCGCCGUCGGACGAGGAUCAUCCUUCCAUUGCAGGAAGAAGACAAAGGCAAGCGGGCCAGCCAUGAAGCCGUCCAUGGGAAUGGCAGCCCUCGCGGCAGUUGCGUUCCUGUUGCUGGUUGCAUUAUACCAGCCCACGGUUGAGGGUGCUUAUCUGUGCAACCCCGGUAAAGAUCAGAAUGCAUAUACGUACAAGAAAAUCAACUGCCUGAAAGUGGCCGGUGCGGUAAGCUAUGAGGGGUGCAGAGACACGUGUGGGGGCGAGUACAAAUGCAAAGGCUUUGUCCAUGCGGCAUACGAUUGGUCCAAGGGCAAGUACUGCUGCUUCCUCAAGUCCAAGAUCGACGAAAGCAAAUUUCGGCCUCAGGCUGGUCGCGAAACUUGCAGGAAGUUAGACUAUUAAGACCGAUUCCUCCAAGUUCGUUCCCUUGCCUGCGGUUUCGCUCGCAGGUUGGUAGACAGCGACAGUGCAAGAGGGAGUUUUGAAAGUCUACUGCCAGGCAUGUCUCAGUUCAUAUGUUGCUAGGAUUUCCACCUCCGAACGUCCACUUCCCACUCAGCUAGAGCGGAACCAGGACAGGAUUUACAUUUCUUUAAGUAUGGUACUCGAUGACUGCCUCUGAGGUCCCUUGCCUCGUGAAAUUAUUCCAGACCACCAGGCUCCAGGCCCUCAUAUGUUACUGAGUUCGAUGCAUCAUCAUCAUCAUCAUCAUCAUCAUCAUCAUCCUGAUCCUCAUCAUCAUCAUCAUCAUCAUCAUCCUGAUCCUCAUCAUCAUCAUCAUCAUCAUCAUCCUGAUCCUCAUCAUCAUCAUCAUCAUCAUCAUCAUCAUCAUCAUCAUCGUCAAAGAUUCGUCGUCAUUAUCAUCAUCGUGACCAUCACAUUUCUGCCAAGGGCAUAUUAAGAACUAGGCCAGUGGACUUCGUUGCACUGAAAACACGAUGUGGUCUGUAAUUCUCUCUCAGAAGUAUGGCUCGCCGGCUCGGCCCUCGCAAAGAUCCAAGGAAUGGCAUUUAAUUUGAUUGUUGUAUGAGACUUUGAGUGUUCUAGACUCUCCCCAGCACUGCUCUCCACUCAGUCUGGUGAGCUUACAAUGGAGUAAACYGUGUCUGUGUUUAUCCAGAGUGCAGAMGACUGGUCAAGUAUGUGGGAGUCGUUGCGGACGUGCCUUUUCUCCGCUGUCGGACGAGGAUCAUCCUUCCACUGCAGGAAGAAGACAAAGGCCAGCAGGCCAGCCAUGAAGCCGUCCAUGGGAAUGGCAGCCCUCGCGGCUGUUGCCUUCCUGUUGCUGGUUGCAUUAUACCAGCCCACGGUUGAGGGUGCUUAUCUGUGCAACCCCGGCAAAGAUCAGAAUGAAUAUACGUACAAGAAAAUCAACUGCCUGAAAGUGGCCGGUGCGGUAAGCUAUGAGGGGUGCAGAGACACGUGUGGGGCCGAGGGCAAAUGCAAAGGCUUUGUCCAUGCGGCAUACGAUUGGUCCAAGGGCAAGUACUGCUGCUUCCUCAAGUCCAAGGUCGACGAAAGCAAAUUUCGGUCUCAGGCUGGUCGCGAAACUUGCAGGAAGUUAGACUAUUAAGACCGAUUCCUCCAAGUUCAUUCCCUUGGCCGUGGUUGCACAGCUUGGUAGACAGCGACAAUGCAAGAGGGAGUUUUGAGAGACUGCUCACAGGGAUGUCUCAGUUCACAUGUCGCGAGGCUUUCCACCUUGGAACGUCCACUUCCCAUUCAGCUAGAGUGGAACCAGGAAAGGAUUUGCAUUUCUUUAAGUAUGGUACUCGGUGACUGCCUCUGAGGUCCCUUUUCCUCGUGAAAUUAUGCCAGAUCAACAGCCCCUCAUAGGUUACUGAGUCCGAUGCAUCGUCGUCAUCAUCAUUAUCAUCAUCAUCAUCAUCAUCAUCAUCAUCAUCAUCAUCAUCAUCAUCAUCAUCAACGAUUCGUCAACGAUUUGUCGUCAUUAUCAUCAUCGUGACCAUCACAUUUCUGCCAAGGGCAUAUAAAGAACUAGGCCAGUGGACUUGGUUGUACUGAAAACACAAUGUCAUCUCUAAUUCUCGCUCAGGAGUAUGGCUAGGCGCUCACGAAGAUUCCAAAGAAUGGCAUUUAAUUUGAUUGUUGUAUGAGACUUUGAGUGUUCUAGCCUCUCCCCAGCACUGCUCUAAGCUCUCCACUCAGUCUGGUGAGCUGACAACGGAGUAAACUCAGUCUGUCUUUAUCCAGAGUGGAGAAAACUGGUCGAGUAUGUGGUGUCACUGAUGUAAUCAUUGCUACUACUUAAAAAAAUGCGCGUGCGGCUUUGUAAUAC